AGAGCGCCUCUGGGGGUACCACUCAGCUGGAGCGUCCGAUCGGUGCCAGGCCAGGUGUACGCGUCCGUCGGUCUUUCCGUGCCCGUGCCGGAGACCAGCCCCGGAGGCCGCCUGGGCCCGUCCCUGCGCCCGGCACCAUGAAGCAGGAGUCCGCAGCCCAGAGCACCCCGCCUCCUUCACUGUCGCCUGCACCAUCCGCGCAGCCUUCCUGGGAGGAUGGCGACUCCCAAGCCCUGUGGAUUUUCGGGUACGGCUCCCUAGUGUGGAAGCCGGAUUUUGCCUACAGCGACAGCCGCGUGGGCUUUGUACGUGGCUACAGCCGCCGGUUCUGGCAGGGAGACACCUUCCAUAGGGGCAGUGACAAGAUGCCCGGCCGAGUGGUGACCCUCCUUGAAGAUCGUGAGGGCUGCACUUGGGGUGUGGCAUACGAGGUUCGAGGGGAGCAGGUGAAGGAGGCCCUUCAGUACCUGAACGUGAGGGAAGCGGUGCUUGGAGGCUACGACACUAAGGAAGUCACCUUCUAUCCUCAAGACACCCCUGACCAACCCCUCACAGCCCUGGCCUAUGUGGCCACUCCACAGAACCCUGGCUACCUGGGUCCUGCUCCAGAAGAGGUCAUUGCCACACAGAUCCUUGCCUGCCGAGGCUUCUCUGGCCACAACCUUGAGUACUUACUGCGUUUGGCAGACUUCAUGCAGCUCUGUGGGCCUCAGGCACAGGAUGAGCACCUGGAAGCCAUUGUGGACGCCGUAGGAACAAUGUUGCCCUGCUCUUACCUCACCGAGCAGGCUCUGGCACUGGUUUGAGACGCCGAGUCCCUGCAGGGAGUGUCCCCGUGGUCACUGGUGAACAUCAACAUGUAGCACUUGAGACAGACUGGAUGGAGCUAGAGAAAUAUGAGAAGGCAGGGCGGGUGACUGGGGACUUUGUGUCUUCUGGCCCCUGCCUGUCUGCUAGCUUCUGACUCUUCUGGAUUGACGCUGACUUAGUACUUGAAUCUUUUAUUUAUUGCACCAUGUUGGUGUGGUGGGCAGGGCAGGUGGGGGGCCUGCCCUGGACGUGGGCCCUGCUGUGCGGUGGCUCUGCCCUAGUCCUCUGGUGCCUGACCAGAAUCCCCCUGUUGCUGCUGCUAAUUCCAUACCACCCAGGCCUCCUCCACAUCCCCAGGGAGCCUCCAAGAGCCUUGAUUUUCUGUUCACUCAGACUAACUCUCCCCAGCCCUGGAAAUGUCACCUCCCCAUGUUCCCAGUCUGCCGGAUGAGGGGCAGCAGAGAAGGAGGAGUGGGAGCCCUUCAAGGACCAAGGUCCAGCAUCCCUCUUCACCGCCUGGGAACCGGGAUAGUGCUGGAACCUACGCACAGACACAGCUGCUCCGACUGGGCCUCUUUCCCCAUUCAGUUUCAUUCCCCUGUCCUUCUGUCUGUCUGCUUGUCUGUCUGGAUCAUUGGUAGACCGGUUGGUCUAUUCCUGGGAAACAUCACUAGAGGUCCUCGUCCCUUCUCAGUCUGUCCUACACUAUUAUCCAUAAACAAUCUUUAAUUACCUUUGC